GCAGAAUGAGACGACACACAUAGCUAGUUUGAUUGCCACAGAAAACGGACUGUGCCAUGUCCGUCGCGUCGUACGCCGCGGUGGGCUCUGGCACUACGGCCAGUGGAGUCCUUGGAUGGAUUGCCCUGUAUUACCUCUUCACUGGCCACGGACAUGACAUCGACUUCGGCUGGUUCCUGGAGAACACCUCGCCCCACAUGUGGGCUGGGAUCGGGGUUGGCUUAGCCGUGGCGUUGUCCGUCGUCGGAGCAGCUUUGGGAAUUUACACCACCGGCGUGUCAAUCAUGGGGGCUGGUGUGAGAGCUCCACGCAUCAAAACCAAGAACUUGAUUUCCAUCAUCUUCUGUGAAGCCGUGGCCAUUUACGGACUCAUCAUCGCCAUUGUAAUUUCCGGGAUGCUCGAGGUCAGUAACAACACGAAUUCGUCAAGUGAGCAAACCGUUCACGCCGAAUUUCGUUUGCAGAAUUUUACGGAGGCCAAAAUCCUGAGCGAUGAUCGCGUGAAACGUGAGAACUGGUUGGCGGGUUAUGCCAUGUUCGGAGCUGGGAUAACUGUCGGUUUGGGGAAUCUUUUCUGUGGAAUAUCCGUUGGAGUAGUCGGAUCUGGAGCUGCCCUGUCAGACGCUGCGAACCCCAAUCUUUUUGUCAAAAUUCUCAUCGUGGAAAUCUUCGGCAGUGCCAUCGGUCUUUUUGGCCUCAUCGUUGCAAUUCUUCAGCUUUCUCACGUGAAAAUGGGAGACAAGGUUUAACUCGAGCAGCAAGAUGUACAUUCCAGCGCAGCAACGAAAACAUUUCAGCAGCAAACCAUUUCAGGAAAGCUGGGAAGCAAUUUGAGGAAGUGGACUUGCAGAUGAUCCAUUUGGGAUUCUGGUUUGUCUGCAAUUUUACUUUCUCCUCAAAGCAAAAACUUACUUUGCGUUCAUUUAGAGAAAGCAUAAAGUGAAAAGAUCUUUAGGUGAGGGACAUUAUGGCGAAAUAUUUAUUUGAAGCAUUCGUGAAAGUUAACGAAAGACCUCCAAAAUGUGUAGUGAUAUGAUGUAGUCAAAGUCGCCCAUGCGAGAAAGUGAAGAUGUUUGUGCCUGGUUGAAUGAUUUUCAAACUUCCUUUGUUACUUCAUGCGCGUGCUAUGGUUUCAACCUGGGAGAAUUUCCCAAGCUUCUGAUUCCUCAUAAAUCUUUGCUUGAAAUACAACCGAAUUUCCAACGCUUCCAGA